AUGGCGGCCAACCAGCAUCGGGCUUAUGACGAGCAGCAUCGUUCUGGACAUCGACAUGUAGUGCCCUCUUUGCGAUCGAGCCAAGAAGCCGGCGAACGGCCACCUCCCUUUGGAGACUCAUACUCGACGGUGACAUGCGAUGGAGAAACCAAGGCGCCUGCUAGCUUCAGUGCUGGCGCCCCGACUCGGCCGCUACCGUCGCCUCAGCUGUUCGCCCACCCAUACCAAACUAGCAGUGUCAAUGUCUCCUCCCCUACGAUUCCGUCCCGAGGCCCACCGAUCUUGCAAGCUGCGAGCUCGUCGGCCUCUCUCUCGCAGCAGUCUCACAAUGCAUUCGAGCCCGUCUUCGAGGAGGAUGAGGAGGGAGAGGAGGAUUCUAUGCUCAUAAUUCAGCCCCAACGACCGUCUUGUGAGCGACCAAGCAUGAGCGAGCGCCACAGACCGCUGCAUAAGGCCGCCUUUCCUGGUUUCGAGCGCCUGGAGCCUCAUCGCUACCUCUCGCCGCCACCGCCGUUGUCCCCGCUCUAUUCUCCUCAGCUUCCCCCCUAUUUUGAGCAGCCCCAGACGCAACGGAGCAGAUUCAGCCACUCGCCAGAUGGACGGACGAGCAAAAAGGAGGGCAAGAAGAAGCAACUCCCACCAAUAGGCGAUGCCGAGGGUGCCUCGGCCGGGUUGGGAGGUGGUGGGUCCUUGUUCCGAAGAAAGAGGCAAUCUGGCGGUAGCGCGUCGAGCUCGUCGACGGUGCAGAGAUACAGGGUCGACUGGAACGAACAGGAAUUGGUGGCCAUGAUGGCAGGAAGCCGUGCACCGACACCAAAGUGCCACAGUCCGACAGUCGCGAUUCGACAGAUGCUGGGAGUAGGCGCCAGGGAAGAGGAUCCCAGCAGGCACGAGUUGCCGCCGCAUCCUUCCGUUCAAGAGGAGCAGCGAGACGUCAAACGCCACACGGCCAUGAUUCGAGCCAGCUGGAUCGAAGUCGACCCGAGGAGGCAGAGCAAGCUAGACUUCCCACUACAGACGGCCAGAAACGGCAUGCCUCUUUUCGACGAGGGCGAAUGGGAGAGCGAUGAGCACGGAGGAGUGAAUGACGGAUGCACAAAGGACCGCCAUGGGAAAGGUUUCUUCUCUAGCUUGAAGAAGACGGCAUGGAAGCUAAAACCGAGAAAGGUCAAGGCCUCGAUGGUGCAGCGAUCCAUCCCGACUCCAUUCCCAUUUGAGGUAGCAGAAUACAGAGCUGGCGGUGCAUUUCCUCCAUCGCCAUCACAACCGCUUCAGCAGAGUACACCGCCAAGACGGCUACGUCGGGCCAGUGUCGAUGUCUACUCUCCUCCGCCAAAGAGCAAUGCGGCGCACGCUGCUUUCGAAGACUCUGAAGAGGAAGCUACUGAGGAAAAUCGCAACUCUUCUUUCAGCCCGCUGAAGAGGAGGAACAGGAGUCUCGAUAUGCUCAGAGCUGCUGACUCGGUCGAGGCGAGCUCCGACAUUGAAGAAUAUAAAGGGCCGCUCCGGAUCGUCGUUGAGGAACCUACUCCCGAUUGCUCGGCCAACGAUCUCGCAGUGAUGUCUCGUCACUCAAGGCUUGCGAGGACAAGAGGUCGGCCUCAAGCCUCGCUUCGAAUGCUUGAAGAUUGGAAGCAGACAAUGCACGAACAGCAACACGCGAUGUCUCGCCAAAUAGAGCAGAGGAAGAUCAAGGGAGAGGAAGACGACGUUGUCAAUGGGCUCAGAGGGCUCAUCGUCCGGGAUGUGCAACGAGGUGUCGUCGAGGUCGAUGUGGCAGCUAGGCGGCUUGGGUUGAAACCUCUACAACUACCCACCAAGUAUCGGAACGAGAUGAAGACCUUCGAUGACGACAAGAACUCAGAGCGAGCAUGCUGUUACCAAGAAGAGAAACGGUCGCAACACAGCCCUCCCCAUACUCCUCGCUGUCUAUCCGAUGAAAUCAAGAGGACGCCAGUACCUUCUCCAUCAUCGGGAUGGCAGAAGAAGAAGGCAAAUUCGCUUGGGACCGAUCCCAUCGCUCCACUCGCGCCUCAUCAGCUUAAUGCAACCCUCCGAACGACGACUGCCACCAGAAAGAAGAGGAGAAACUUGAAAGACGAGGGUAGUGACGAAAGCAGCAGUAUGGGAGACAGUAGCAGCAGUGAUAGCAGUAGCAGCAGGGACACAGACAAACGCCGGUCUGCACCUAGCAGAGAGAUGCUCGAGCUGCCAGGAAAGGAUCGCGUUUCGGGCGCGGCGGUAUCGUACAAAGCUGAUAUGGCUGGCCAUACGCAGACCUCUGUUGGCACCUCUAUUCUUUACGCCGAUCAAGCUCUCAUGGGACAGUACCAACCCUCUGACCUUGCCCAGUCUUUGACUACUUUGGAUGUGCCUGGGACGUCUGCCCCUUCCCAAGAAGCGAAGGCGAAGGGGAAAAAGAGAGAGGCAUCGGUGCGGUCUUCACCUUCCUCACCUCCUUCGCCUUCUUCCUCCUCGACUGCAAGCAUCAUCAGCUACGUCUCCAGUGAUAGCAUGUAUAGUCGCACAACAAAUCAAGACAGGCUAAGCCGUCAAGACAGCCAGCGUCAGCAUCAGCAACAACAGCAAGGCGGAGGUGUCACUGCGCUAAUCCAGAGCUAUAUCCAUGACAUUUCCGCCGACGAGAGUAGUGCCACCUUCAAUGAGGCCCGCUACGCCGGGCCGAGUACGGUCGCAGACAAAGUUGGAUGGGCCAAGUGA